CUCGUUAAAUGCAAACCGCAGUAAAGAGCAGGCAAGUGAGAAGUUUAAAGGUGACGUGUGUAGUUUUGUUUCCGUUGGCAAGAUGUCGGCACACGACCAGCUGGCUUUGUAUUUGUCUACAACAACACACUUGCUGUGGAAGUUGUUGUUGCCCCUGUUGUUUGUAUGCCUGCUGCUGCUGGUCCUGCUGGUCCUGCUGGUGCUGGCAGUGCGUCUGUGGCUGCAGGGCAAAAGGAGCGCUCGACUGGCGACAACCAGACGUCCGGUGGUGGCCUUCUUCCAUCCGUACUGCCACGCUGGCGGCGGCGGAGAGAGGGUGCUAUGGUGUGCAAUCCGGGCUUUGCAACAAAGGUACUCGCAGGUAGACUUUGUGGUCUACACCGGCGACCUGGGUGUUUCAGCGCAUGAGAUCUUGGAUGGAGCGCGAAUUCGUUUCAACAUCACGCUUCGCCGCCCCAUUCGCUUUGUGUUCCUCAGGCACAGAGUUCUUGUGGAGCCCAGCACAUAUCCUCACUUCACUCUGCUCGGGCAAAGCGUGGGUUCCAUCUUCUUGGGAUGGGAGGCGCUCACUGAGUUUGUGCCUGAUAUUUACAUUGAUUCAAUGGGCUACGCCUUCACUCUGCCUAUCUUCCGCUACCUGGGAGGCUGCAGCGUCGGCUGUUAUGUUCACUAUCCCACCAUCAGUACCGACAUGCUGUGUGUAGUGAGAGAAAGGAAUACCAGGUUCAACAACCCAGAUUACGUCUCCAACAACCUGUUCCUCAGCGCCGUGAAGGUGUUCUAUUACUGCGUGUUCGCCUUGCUGUACGGAAUGGCCGGCUCUUGCAGUCACCUCGUCAUGGUCAACUCCUCCUGGACACUUGACCACAUUCUAUCACUGUGGUACGUCCCCAACCGCACCAGCGUUGUCUACCCGCCCUGCGACGUCAGCGCAUUCCUGGACAUCCCGUUGGAGGAGGACGGGGGGAAGAAAACGUGCCGCUCCAUCGUCUCCAUCGGGCAGUUCCGGCCCGAGAAGGACCACAAACUGCAGAUCAGGGCUUUCAAGAAAGUGUUGGCUCGGCGGAGAGAUAACAACGAGACACUAAAACUGAUCCUAAUUGGAGGAUGCAGGAAUCAGGAGGACCAAGAUCGGGUGCUGAUGUUGCGGGGGCUGUGCCUGGAGCAGGGCGUGGCUGACAAGGUGGAGUUUAAACUGAACGUACCCUUUGCAGAGCUGAAGAGAGAGUUGGAGGAGGCCACUAUCGGGCUACACACCAUGUGGAACGAGCACUUUGGGAUAGGUGUCGUGGAGUGCAUGGCAGCAGGAAAAGUCAUCCUCGCCCACAAGUCCGGAGGUCCCAAGCUAGACAUCGUAGUGCCUUUCGAGGGCGGCCAGACAGGCUUCCUUGCAGACGACGAGGACAGCUACGCCGAGGCCAUCGAGAAUAUCCUCAAUUUGCGGCCUGCCAGCCGCCUGCAGAUAAGACAGAACGCACGGCAGUCGGUGACUCGCUUCUCAGAUCAGGAAUUUGAAGUCUCUCUCCUGGCUGCCAUGGAGCCUCUGAUGGGGACAGUUGAACAAUGACACAGUUUGUCUGGGACUGUUUUUUUUCUUAUUAUUUAUGGUAAACGUGCAAAAAAGUCCGCCUUUGCUUUGUCAUUGUGAUUUAAGAGGUUUUAGCUUACGGCAGACAUGUGAAAAGCGAUCCUUAAACGGGAACUGCACUUUAUUUUUGCCCAUUGUUCUCAAUCAUUAUGACAGAUGUAUUUUUUUAAAUGCAUUCUAAAUAGAACAUGCAAACACCUCCAUUAAGGUUGUAUAUACCGUAUUUUUCGGAUUAUAAAGUAGCACCGGGCGAAAAUGCAUAAUAAAGAAGGAAAAAAACAUAAGUCGCACUAGAGUAUAAGUCGCAUUUUUGGGGGAAAUUUAUUUGAUAAAAUCCAACACCAAGAAUAGACAUUUGAAAGGCAAUUUCAAAUAAAUAAAGAAUAGUGAACAACAGGCUGAAUAAGUGUACGUUAUGACGCGUAAAUAACAAACUGAGAAUGUGCUGAUAUGCGCCUAGUCUCUUACGUGAAUGAGAUAAAUAAUAGUAUUUGAUAUUUUACGGUAAUGUGUUAAUAAUUUCACACAUAAAUCGCUCCAGAGUAUAAAUCGCACCCACGGCCAAACUAUGAAAAAAAACUGCGGCUUAUAAUCCGAAAAAUACGGUACAUGAUGUAAGUAUAUAUGUAAUGUAGUAACAAGCACUUAUACGCGGCGCAAUAAUUUAAAAAACAUCACGUUUACUUUCUUAACAUCACUGAUUACUUCUCACUGCAGACUUUAUCAGAGCCUACAAACAUAAUAAAACAUCACUCACUGCUAAAGGUCUACUGUCAUUAUAAUGUUAACUGCUAGGAUGUUAAUAUAUUAUAUUCCCAUUUAGAUUUGAAGAAUCACUCAUAAUUCUUGGGAAGAAAAGGUGGGUGGAACCAAGCGUCAUUUCAGAAUCAGAAAUACUUUAUUGUAUUAAUCUCCGAGGGGAAAUUUAAAUUCAUGUCGUUCUCUAAAUUUGCUGUCAAAGUGUACCAACUUGUCCGAAUACGUCCUCGAUCCUUUUACUAUCUCGGUGAGAGGCAUGAUUUAUGAUUUAGAAAAAGUUUGAUGAGCAAGGAAACUAGGAAGUAGCUGAUCAGUUGAAUUUGUCAACUUUGGCACACACGCUCACGAUCAUGGUGCCGCUAUACAUAGUUUGUCUGCGUUAGCUUUUAUAAUCACAGCAUCACUAAUACUUGGUCAAUAUUGAAGUCAUGAAAUGUAAAUGUUUUUUUUAAUGGGCUGAAUAGAGAACCUCUCGCUGGCUGUGCUAAAAGCAGACUUUUAUUUACGAGUUAGAAUGCAUUAAAAAAAAAUCUGUCUCAUAAUUGUGAACGAUAGGCAAAAUUCCACAAAAAAGUGCAGUUCCUCUUUAAUGCACUAAAUGACGGAUUGAAUACUUUGCACUGUUUUCAAAACACACAUUUCAUCUAAAGUAGUAUGAAAUGUAUUUGUGUGUACUAAUUGCUGAAUGAUAAGAUGUAAAUGUACCAGCGAACAAUGACAUGUACACAAGUUUGUGUAAAGGAAUGUGAUUUUUCACUUAAGUGUAAAUAAAAAAGGUCAGCUUUAAAGCCCUUAUUUCAAGUGAAUUGAGGUUAAGCGUCAUUUUAAAGAAUUGACACGUCAGGGUGGGAUCAAUAGUGCCGAACAAAGGUUGAGAACAGUGGCGAGGGGUGAUUAAGGCCAAUAGGCGGUGCAAAGUUGAUUUUGCAGAUGU